AUGGCUACUUCGUCCGUUCGACAGGAUAUCACAACCCAGACUUCAGCACCGGGAAAGGAAAUCGGGUUUUCUGUCAACCAAGGAGCAAAUUGGUCCAACUACCUCGUAUACCGUCCUCUCUACCCACAGUCAUUUUUUGAGAGAAUAUACAACUAUCAUUCGCAAAAGCCUUUCGCAUCAUGGUCGGUAGCACAUGACAUCGGCGCCGGAUGUGGUGUUGUUUCAGCUACUUUGGCGUCCCAAUUCCACAGCGUAAUUGUAUCCGAUCCCAAUGAUGGAUAUACCACAGUAGCCCGGAAAGCGCUGAUUGAAGAGUCCGGUAUUCCUGAGUCAAGACUACGAUUUUUACAGGAAGGAGCAGAGAGAAGUUCUGUCGAAUCCGGGACCGUAGACCUCUUGACUGUCUGCGAAUGCAUUCACUGGACUGACCCUGUUACCGCAAUCCAAGAAUUCAACCGCGAGCUGCGACCCGGUGGCACGGUAGUAAUAACCCAUUACACCGUACCCCGGAUCAUUGGAAAUGAGAAGGCUCAAAAUGCAUGGGAAAGAAUCUGGGACCUGUACUCGGAAAAUUGCAAGGAUGAUGACUUGUUGGCGCACGCUUUCCGUAUCCUCAACACCGGCUUUGAACAUCUAGAAUUUCCUCCUGAUCAAUGGGACUUGGUGAAGAGGCAAUAUAUCAAUGCUCACGGCAGUCUACUCCCUUUCCAAAUGAAUCCUAUAGUGGCCGAAGAUCACGUCCACGACGGGGAACAGAAGGUAUUUGAUGAAAAUGAUGAAGAUUGGAUUGAUGUUAAAGGCUUUGAGUGGUUCAAGGGGUACCAGGAGACAUGGGUGCCAACUCUUCCGGAAUCAAAGAGUAAAGAGUUGUGGGAUGAGCUGGAGCUUGCUCUUGAUGGUGAGAAAGCGAAGAUUGAAACUCCAGUUGUCAUGGUCUUUGCUACGAAGAGAAACUAG